AUGUCGAAGCAGCCACAAGUUCUCUGGGCCCAACGCGAAUCCCUCCUCUUCAUCACCAUCGAGGUCGAUGAUGCCAAGAUUGAGAAGCUCGAGGGAGAGGGAAAUAAACUGUUUUUCCAAGGAAGCAGCAAGACUGACAAGUACGAGACCACACUCGAGUUCUUCGACGAGAUCGAUGGAGCCUCCGUGAAGCACACUGGAUCCUCCACCCGUGUCGUCGAGAUCACCAUUCAAAAGAAGACUCCAAAAUGGUGGCCACGUCUUCUUGCCACCAAGGGAAAGGUUCACUGGUUGAAGGUUGAUUUUGGAAAGUGGAAGGACGAGGAUGAGGAUGAGGAGGUCGACGAGGCUGCUGCUGGAGUUGGAGGUGGACUUGGAAACGGAUUCGACCUGAAUCAGUACAUGUCCUCGUUGGGAGGAGCCGGCGGUGGUGCUGACUUCAACGGGCUCGAUGAUGAGGAUGAUGAACACUAUGAAUUUGACAAAGAUGACCAAGACGAUGUAUAUAAUCCACAUGGUCAUGUUUCAGACAUGCCAGACCUUGAGGACAACGAGGAGGAAGAGGGAGACGAGGGAAAGGCCGAGAUCAAGGCUUAA